UUCUGUACUUCCGGGGUUUACAUGACAGGCAGGCCAUUUGCUGCGCUCCAGACUCAGGAAGGAUAACAGGGCUGGGAAGAGAAAGCAAGAAGCCUGUUGGCUGCCCGCUGCUUGGGAGGGGAGGUAGGAGCCCGGGCUGAGAGGCAAGCCCAGCUGAGACUGAGAGAGGAAAGGGGACGGUGCUGCCGUCGGGGGCAAAGGCUGCAGUUGUGGGUGGCACCUCCAGUGAAGCGAAGAGACAGAGGCGGCGGAACUACAGGUGCAGCGAAUAAACUGACCGGAAUUUCCUGGUUCCGCUUAUUCGAGGGAGGUCCUGAAUAAUUGGAUCAGUCCGGGACACUCAGGAACUGACAGUGUCUGUGCGGCACCUAUACUAUCUGACAGGAGCCAGGGGGCAAAGAAACUCUAACAGGCAACUAGUUGCUGGUUUGGUAACUAGGCCCAAGCUGUGCUGGUAUUAUCAGCAGUAGGUAAUAUAUAAACAACUAGUAGGUUAUAGUUAUUCUGGUCAUAAAAUGACCAAUGGCAUUAAAGUCAGCCUGGACUCUAAGUAGCAGAUCUCUCUUUGGGGGCCAAUAAGUUGCAGCUGAUCAUUGAGCCAUUAUUUUAUAUACAGUAUACACUAACAAGUGUUAAAUCUGACUAAAUCACCCCAGUCAGCUGAGCAACCAAUCAAAAUCCAGCGCAAGUUUCAGUAUGGCUUCUGAGAGAGAUGAGGUGAUCCAGCUGCCUCCCGAUGGGACCUGCGACGCCUGCGAGCCCGACGAGGCCAAAGAAGCGGUCCGAAUCUGCGACGACUGCCAUUUCUCAUACUGCGGCCCCCAUGCUGAAGAACACCGGCGCAAGUACCGGGAGCACCGCCUGAAGGAAUUCUCCCAACAGCCCCCUGUGCCGGAGAAAAGCGAGGAAAAGCCGGCAAGCGAGGGAAAGAAAAAGGAAUACACAGAGAAGAGGUGCCAGAUUCACCAGCAGGAGCUUACACUCUACUGCCAGGAGGACCAGAAAAUUAUCUGUGUGCUCUGCGCUGUCAUGGGGGACCACCGGCAGCACCAGGUCAUCACCCUCAAUCAGGCGUACCAAGAAAUGAAGAACAGAAAACCUACUGACCUCAGACUGGCCAUGGGCGAUAUGGUAGAGAGGUUAAAGGCAAAGUGCGUUGACCCCAGGAUUACCCGCAGUGAGCUUAAGGCCUUUGUACAGAAGGAGUUUGAGCUCAUGAGGCACCUGGUGCAGGAAGAGGAAAUCAGGGCCCUUCACUACGUGGACCUACAGGAGGCCGUGGCCUCUGCUCACGUGACGGAGGUCUUGGCCGAACUUAACGUCCAUAUGGCCAAGCUCACGACAGAGAUGGCGGAAAUCACGCGGCAGCUGAACAGCUUUAAUGACCUUGCAAUGGAGAAACCAGAGCACCGAGAAGAAGAAUCCAGGGAGGACACGAGCCCACCCGAUUCCGCAGCCAAUAGCAACUCCAGCUCCCGAUUUCACGGCCUUCCAAAAGGCAACGGGCCCUGGUGAGGAGGUGCGGAUUACAGGACUGACAACCUUACGGAUGGCGGCGGAUUUCUGCUCUUCGCAUGGUCCCCUGCACCCCCUAGUGUCUUCCUGCCACCUUCCAUAGCCCUACGGGUCUCAGCUCCUCUUCACUCAAAACCCACUGCUUCCUAGAACCCCUUCAAUCAUGGGAAAAAAAGAAAAAAAAAAAACGGAAAAAAAAGGAAUUUUUGUAGUUGGUUUGGAAGAGGUUGAAUGUUUAAAAAUCCCAAUGGCAGUGAAUUCAGGGGACUUAGAUUGUGCGCAGCCCGGAUGGUCUGUAUGGCUUCUCUGAGGAUGUUUAGUGCAUUGAGGCUUCAUGGCGAGGGCACCACCUGGGGAAUAGCGUCUUCUAUAGCAAGUACUAUUUUAUGCAUUCGAUUUGUGUGUUCCUUCUGUCUUGGGGAUUUUUUUUUGUUUUAUUAUGUGUUUUUAGUGGAACUUUUCUUUAAAACACUGUAUGUGGAGAAAUGAUUAAACAAAAGAUGUAGCAAAACCUGA